UUGCCCAUCCACACUUUGAGAUUAGGAGUUGAGCUCGACACGUUUAAUGGACAUCAUUAUAUAUCAUCAAUUGCUUCAGAUGAUCCAGCUGCAGCACUGGGUCUUCUACAACUGGAAGAUGAACUUCUGGAGGUCAACGGAGUCCAGCUGUAUGGAAAAUCCCGGCGUGAGGCAGUCACUUUCCUCAAGGAGGUUCCACCCCCGUUCACGUUGGUUUGCUGUCGGCGACUCUUUGAUGAUGGCACUGAGUCACUUGUGGAUGAACCCACCAUGGGAGUCUCCCCUCCAGAACAAAAGGUGAAACCUGAGGAAGACUUUAAUCCUGAGGAGGAAGAAGGGGAAUUAGCAUUAUGGUCUCCUGAUGUGAAGGUGAUUGAACUGGAGAAAGACAAAAAUGGUUUAGGAUUCAGCAUUUUAGACUAUCAGGAUCCCUUAGAUCCAACAAGAACAGCCAUUGUGAUCAGCUCCUUGGUGGCAGGUGGAGUAGCCGACCGUGGGGGAGAGCUUCUGCCGGGCGACCGCUUGGUGUUUGUAAAUGAGACAGACUUGAACAGUGCCACAUUGGCAGAGGCAGUGGAAGUGUUGAAAUCUGUGCCCCCAGGUACAGUGUCUCUUGGAAUCUGCAAGCCUUUGGUGGGAGAAAGCACAGAGGAGGAGAACAUGCACAGUGUGGAUACCAACAGCAUGAAAGCCAGCCCUGGCUCUCCAGAACCAAGAGAUAACACUAAUUUCUCAAUAAUACUUGAAGCCCCACAGGGUUUCAGGGAUGAAAUACCUUUUAAAGAAGAACUUGUGGAUGAGCCACGUGUGGACUUGGGAAGGUCAUUUCAGCUUUCUCAAAAUGACAGUGAGGAUGAGAAGGAGUCUUGGGAGAUGUGUGAGUUCCUGAAACCCAGGACAGAAGCCAUGGAUGAGGAACGGGAAAUGUUGGUGGAUGAGGAGUAUGAGGAAGAUUCAGACUUCCUGAAAUACAAUGCAUCACAUGGACAGAAGGCAACUGCAGACCGGAGCCUUGAUACAGAGCAAUGGACAAAGCAGCUUGAGACUACUGAAAGACAAGGCUCAAGAUCCAAAGUGGACUUAAGUCCAAAACAGUCCCUGGAGUAUCCAUUCAGUGAAGAUGAAAUGUGUGAAGAAAAUGCUACUGUAAGGUCACUCUCUUCUGGAAGCACAGCACACAGUGACUACCAAAAAGACAUAUUUGAUACUGAAACUACCCAAUCAGAAGCAAAAAAUGAGAUGGAUUUAGGGACACAGCUUCAGAUUGACUCUAAAGGACCUGGGCUUGCUGUUGACCUGGAAGCUAUUGAAAAGGAAGACCUAAAAGGAGAGAAUUAUGUGUAUUCCAAGAGGCUGAAAUCUGGGAGAGUAACCACCUCAGCUCAGUCUAGAAUGGCAUCAUGCAGUGAAUUGCCUGAGAGAGAAGAAGGAGAAGGAGAAGAAACUCCAAACUUCAGCCACUGGGGACCACCACGGACUAUUGAGAUCUUUAGAGACCCUCACGUGUCUCUUGGAAUCAGUAUUGUUGGUGGACAAACUGUCAUAAAGCGCCUGAAGAAUGGAGAAGAACUUAAAGGGAUCUUUAUCAAACAGGUUUUGGAAGACAGCCCAGCAGGAGGAACAAGGGCUUUAAAAACUGGAGAUAAAAUACUUGAGGUUUCUGGGGUGGACCUCCGAAAUGCCACCCACGAGGAAGCAGUAGAAGCGAUCAAGAACGCGGGAAAUCCUGUGGUGUUUGUAGUUCAGGGUUUGGCUAACAUACCAAAAGUGGUUUCUCCCAUGCAGUCUAAAGGAGUCAAAGUCAGCAAAGAUCAGGAUGCAGACAAAGAACAUAAGAGCGAUAAGAGAAAAUACGGGGCUCCACCUCCCAUGAAAUUGCCACCUCCUUACAGAGCCCUUGAAAGGCAGCGUGCAGAGGAAGCUGUCGAGGAUGAAGAGGAAGAUGAGGAUGCUUGUGCAGAGAAAAAAAUCAGACAAAGAUAUGCAGAUCUCCCAGGAGAGUUGCACAUUAUUGAGCUUGAGAAAGACAAAAAUGGGCUGGGGCUCAGCCUCGCUGGCAACAAGGACCGUUCUCGUAUGAGCAUCUUUGUGGUUGGGAUCAAUCCAGAUGGACCUGCAGGACGAGACGGAAGGAUGCAUAUUGGUGAUGAACUUCUAGAAAUAAACAAUCAGAUACUGUAUGGAAGAAGCCAUCAGAAUGCUUCUGCCAUCAUUAAAACUGCCCCAUCAAAGGUCAAGCUGGUUUUCAUAAGGUAA